GAGUGCUUUUUACUCUAUUUCAGAUAGAACAGCAAUGCUAAAAAGCUAUGUAUAUUUGGAAACAUUAUCAAAUGAUUGAAUAUUAUAAGCAAUAAACAAUAAAAAGUUGCAAGUGAAUGAUGGAAAUAUUAAUUGAUAAUUUUGAUUAAUAAUUGAUUAAGUAAAUCACUUGAAUGAUAAAGAUUAAUUCUUAGCGGGUAGAAGAGUUCAGGAAGACUAUAAUUCCUCUUUUACUGAUGAAGAAAUAGAUGUCCAUACAGUGAUCAUAACAGUAAUAUAUGUUUAUGUAAGUAUGCAUUGCUAAUAUAUAAUACAUAAAUAUAUAUAGAAACGAAACAUCAUUUAUGUGGAGGGCAAUAGUAUGUGAGUUUAUAUCUACAACAUUAAAUUCAAAAAGAGACAAAUGUAUCCUGAAUCCUGCCUGACAAACCCACCAUGCAAAACAUGGGCCCCAAGGUUUAUUGAAUGUGAAAAAAAUUAAGUAUAUAAUACUUUGGCAUCAUAUAUCCUGAUUUUUUAUUUAUCAAAUAAAUCAAAUUAAUGACAGUGGACACAUGUUAACAAGAAGUUGCAUUUUAUGAGUGAUUUACAAAAGUAUCUUUCAUAAGCUUUUUUGAGAUUUAAAAUGACCCUAUGAAGAGAUCAUUAAGAACUGAGGGACAAAGAGGUGAAGUGACUCAUAAACAACAGCUAGAAUGUCCCUGAUGAGGAAUAUUUAUUUUUGCUCAAAAUAUCACAUAACAUCACAUAGCACCAGAAAUUAAUUUGCUUAAAAUGUUUCACACUGUUGCAUACCACCAUACAUUAAUUCCUGUAUUUUUUAUUGUUUUCAGAUUAACCGUUUCACACUUGUACCUUCUCACUCACGAAACCAUGCUGCUGAAUAAUAAUGUGACUGAGUUCAUUCUGCUUGGGUUGACACAAGAGCCUGUUAAAAGGAAAAUAGUGUUUGUCUUUUUCUUGCUUUUCUACUUAGGAACGUUGUUGGGUAACUUCCUAAUAAUUGUUACCAUCAAGACCAGCCGGGCACUUGGGAGCCCAAUGUACUUCUUCCUUUUCUAUUUAUCCUUAUCUGACACCUGCUUCUCCACUUCCGUAGCCCCUAGAAUGAUUGUGGAUGCCCUUCUGAAGAAUAACACUAUCUCCUUUAGUGAGUGCAUUAUCCAAGUCUUUUCAGCCCAUUUCUUUGGCUCCUUGGAGAUCUUGAUCCUUAUCCUGAUGGCCAUUGACCACUAUGUGGCCAUCUGUAAACCCCUGCACUACAUGAGCAUCAUGAGCCGGUGGGUCUGCAGUGUGUUGGUAGCUAUAGCCUGGGUAGGGGCCUGUGUGCAUUCUUUAGUUCAGAUUUUUCUGACCCUGAGUUUGCCUUUCUGUGGUCCCAAUGUGAUUGAUCACUGUUUAUGUGACUUGCAACCCUUGCUUAAACUUGCCUGUGCAGACACCUAUGUGAUCAACCUACUGCUGGUGUCCAAUAGUGGGGCCAUUUGCACAGUGAGUUUUGUCAUCCUGAUGUUCUCCUAUGUUAUCAUCUUGCAUUCUCUGAGAAACCACAGUGCCGAAGGGAGGAAAAAAGCCCUUUCCACUUGCAUUUCCCAUAUCAUCGUAGUCAUUUUGCUCUUCGGUCCUUGUAUAUUUAUAUAUACACGCCCAGCAACCACCUUCCCCGUGGAUAAGAUGAUAGCUGUGUUUUAUACAAUUGGAACACCUUUGAUUAACCCUCUGAUUUAUACACUGAGAAAUGCUGAGGUGAAGAAUGCCAUGAGGAAGCUAUGGAGCAAGAAACUGAUUUCAGAUGACCAAAGAUGAAUGGAAGUUUCAAGUCCUUCUUCAUAGCUUGAAUUGACCUAUAAGAAUUCAACAGAAAAUAGUAUCUUCUUAUUUUGUAUUUAAUAGAAUCCUA